GUUUUUCUCAGACCUAAAAGAACUACCGCCGUUCCCAAAACCCUCUCCAAAACCCUAAACACCAAAUUCCAUUUCCAUUUCGAUUCACCGGAGAAAUGGGCACGCCGGAGACCUCACGCGAGCCCUGUCCGGAUCGCAUACUCGACGACAUCGGCGGAGCUUUCGGCAUGGGCGCCGUCGGCGGCUCCGCUUUCCAUUUUCUCAAGGGGAUCUACAGCUCCCCGAAGGGCGAGCGCUUCGUCGGCGGCACGCAGGCCGUCCGCAUGAACGCUCCUCGCAUCGGCGGCAGCUUCGCCGUAUGGGGCGGCCUUUUCUCCACCUUCGAUUGCUCGAUGGUCUACAUGAGGCAGAAAGAGGAUCCGUGGAAUUCGAUAAUCGCCGGGGCGGCUACCGGUGGCUUUCUUCAGAUGCGGCAGGGAUUCGGCGCCGCGUCGCGAUCGGCUCUCUUCGGUGGCGUUCUAUUGGCUCUGAUCGAGGGGGCUGGGAUCAUGUUAAAUAAAGUUAUGAGUCCUCCGCAGGAGGCGCCGAUUUUUGUUGACGAUCUUCCCGGUGGAGCGCAGGCGAUGCCGCAGGCGGCGGCGAUCGAUCCAUCUCCUGCACCGUCGUCUUGGUUUGGGGGUUUAUUUGGGAGCGGAAAGGAGGAGGAGAAGAAGAGUGGCGGUGGAGCUAAAACGGAGGUUCUGGAGAGCUUUGAUUCGCCGAUGCCACCAACGUUUGAGUUCAAGUGAGGGAAUUUUCAACUUUAUAUGUAUUUUUUUUUUUUCAAAUAUGUUUUAAUUCUUAGUGACAAAUCUUUGAGGUUGUUUGGAAGUGAAGAAGUUUUAUGAUGUCCCUACGUUAGGUUUAAUGGUUUGUGAUCAAAGUGAUAUCCAAUUUAUCGAAGAUAAUAAUACUCUGAAACUGAAUGAACGGAUCACUGAUUGAAGGUAAAUAAAUCCACAAAAGGAAGUAAAGUAUUGUUCACUCUAGAAAUGGUGCCAAGAAAACAGUUAAAGCAAGGCAUUCUUCAUCUUUGUUCAUGGUGUGGAAUCAGGGAAAGUCUAGUUGAAUAUGGUUCUGAAAUUCUUGAAUUGGUGUGAUUUAUGGAUAUGAAUUCGCGGGAGGAACUUGAACUUGAACUUGAUCUUGAUCUUGCACAUUUGAUUUAUUAUCUUCUGACUGAUAUGGGGUUGUAAUUUAGUGUAUUGUUUGGUGGUGCCAUGUUUUCAAUUUUCCAAUAUCUGCACUUUCUAUUUCCCGUAGAGCCUCUGCAUUCUUUAUGUUCAAUCUACUGAAUUUCGUCAA